AUGUACAAAUUAGCAGCGACCAAUGGUUAUGUUUGGAAUUAUGUAAUUUAUACCGGUGAGCAAGAUUCAACGGCAGGUGUCGGACAUGCUCAAACAGUAGUAAUGAAACUAUUAGAUGGUCUUGAUGGAUGUUAUCGAACCGUCGUAGCUGAUAAUUUCUUUACCAGUAUUUCCCUGGCGGAAUGUUUGUUGGAACAUGAUACAUAUCUCAUUGGAACAUUACGAACGAAUCGUGUUGGAUCAGGAGUAGAUGAAUAUAAAAUUGUCGUACUAGUGUUAGUUAUUGAAAGUAAAAAUACUUUAAUGGAAAAUACAAGUAGUAUGAAUGAAAAAACUCCUUCAUCAACACCAUCAAUUGAUGAAAAAGAUUUAGUAACAUCUAUGCGUAAACUUGAUUUAAUUAAAGAAUUAGGAGAAAAACAAAAUCAAUUUCAACGUCUUCAAAAUCAUUUACAACAAAAUACUGAAUUAGUUACACGUGAAAAUCAAGUUUUACGUGAAUUUCGUAAAGAACUUGAUAUGCUUGUACAAGAACGUAUGUCACAUAUUGAAGAAUUAAGAUUAAUACAUGCUGAUAUUAAUAUAAUGGAAACAACAAUAAAACAAGCUGAAGAAGAACGAAUAAGAACAUUACAAGAUAGUAAACGUCUAUUAAAAGAAUAUCAACCAAUAAAAGAACAAAUAAAUAAAUUACGUGAUAUACUUAAUCUUGAAAGACUUUCUGAUCAUGAUGAAGAUGAAACAACAUUAGUAGCAAUGCAAUUAAUUUCUCAACAAUCAGGUGAUCAUGAUCUAUCUUCUAAUCGAAGUAGUCAUUUAUCAUCAACAGGAUUAGAUAAUACUCAUGAACAGAUUCCAUUAGGUAUAACAUAUCAUCAUCAUCAUCCUCAAUCGCAACAAAUGGCUAAUACAACAAGUACUAAUAUUUCAAUAUCAAAUAAUAAUCAACAACAAACUUCAACAUUAAAUAUUCCAAAAGUUAUUGGUAGUAUUGGAUCGAAUGUCGAUCGAACAACAUUUCGUCAACAACCACCACCAAUGAAGACUUGUCAAUCAUGUCAACAACAAAUUCAUCGUAAUGCACCUAUAUGUCCUAUAUGUAAAGCUAAAAGUCGUUCACGUAAUCCAAAAAAACCAAAACGUCGUCAUUUAGAAGUUCAUCAAUGA